UACGACGUUGUGGAGAUGCGGCCUGCUUUGCGGCCUGACGUCAUCCUGUCCCCGUUGGAGCUGUUGCGGUGGCCCGUGACGUGGCAUAGCGCGGGCAGUAGCCGUGAGGGAGGUGUUGCUCGGCCGCUCGCAGCCAUGGGUCUGUCUCUGUCCCUCAUGUUAAAGAGCCUCUUCGCCAAGAGGCAAGUCCGGAUAUUGAUGGUUGGUUUGGAUGCUGCUGGCAAAACAACCAUCUUAUACAAACUGAAACUAGGGGACGUGGUAACAACUAUUCCAACUAUUGGAUUUAAUGUAGAAACUGUCGAAUAUAACAGGACGAACUUCACUGUGUGGGAUGUUGGUGGCCAAGACAAAAUUAGACCCCUAUGGAGGCACUAUUUCCAGAACACACAGGGUCUUAUUUUUGUGGUAGAUAGCAAUGAUCGGGAGAGAAUUCCAGAAGCAGCAGAUGAACUGCGAAAAAUGCUUCAAGAAGAUGAAUUAAGGGAUGCAGUUUUAUUGGUAUUUGCCAAUAAACAAGACCUGCCAAAUGCCAUGAGCGUCAGUGAAAUGACAGAAAAAUUAGGAUUACAGAGACUUCAUAACAGAGUUUGGUAUGUUCAGGCUACUUGUGCUUCAGAAGGAAGUGGCUUGUAUGAAGGGCUCGACUGGCUGACAACUGAACUGUCAAAAUCCUAGACCUGGUGCUGCAAUUUAAUUUGGCAAUUGUAAGUUUUAUUUAACAGGACAGGUUUGGUAAUUUUACCCUAGGUUGUUAUCUAGUUUUCAACUUUCAAAUAUUGUGGUUUCUGAAGCUUUUUUUGGGCAGCACAGCUUAAUUUUUGAACUCAUCAUUAUUGCCAACAUUUGUGGUACAUUUCAUAAAUUGGAAGUUUAAACAGAUAACUUGGUUAUCUCAUGGUGAAAAAAUACAUUUCUUCCAAUUUAUCUCCCAAUUGAAGCCAACUUGACCAUAACUUCUGUAAUAACUUAAGAAAUUAACAUCAAAUAUAUUUGUAACUAAUGAACAUUUUUACUCUACCUUUUUUUGGACUUCUGUGAUACAAAGGUCAUUCCAAAACAAUCUGCUAAAAAAUUGUAUUGAUUAUAUUAUGAAAAUGGUUGCCAGUUACUUUCUAUUUUAAUAAUAUCAGAUGUUGCUUCUGAAUAGAUUUAAGUAGAGUGGUGGAUACAAAUUUUGGAAUCGGGGAAAAGCAUAUUUUCCUAAUGGAGAAUUCAUUGAUUGCACAAAAAUUGCUUUGACUUUAUACUCUUGUUGAUUCUAACAUUAUGGCCAGGGCAACCCAGUUAUGUUGUGUUGAAACAAUUUCAAAGGUCUUUCCACUAUAAUCUUAGCGAUGCUGGCUAGUUUAAUGCAAGAUUAUAUGUUUAAAACAGUCUUGUAGACACCUGUUUUUGGCAAUAUAACCAGUUUCAAUAGACCACAUCCUUCCACCAUUCUUCAUAUUUAAUGGUGCAAAUUCUAAAUGUUUCUUUUUGUCAUAGAACAAGCACAAGCUGUGCACUCCACUGCAGUGUAAAUAUUAUUAAAUGACAAAAAUCCAGUUCUUAAGCAUUCUUGCUUUUGCAUUUCUGUCCACUUCAGUUCUGAUGUAUUGAAAGUUGUAACUUUUUAAAAUGUUGCUUGUUACUUUUGAUAUUGGUGUGUGGUGUAAUAUAGUUAAUGUUGGUUUAUUUGUCCAUGGAUGGGCAAGUCUUCCUGAAACUGGAAAAUCAAAAUUCGGAUAAUGAAAGGUGUCCAUGUAAUCCAUUGACAUAAAUCUAAUGAAAUAAAAGUUUAUACGACAUUCUCAA